AUGGGAAAAGCAGAGCGCGUCUUCAUCCAAGAUGUGCUCGAAGCAAUCUUCGACCUAAACGAGCUGAUCAAGACGUACCAGAGCAAGAACAAGCUUUCAAAGGUGCUGGUGUCGACGCAGUUUAAGCGGCAACAGGACGAGUUAGAUGUGGUCGUGGACCGAGCUAUUUCGCGCCUGCAGGUUCGCGACGACGUGAACGCCGUAAAGGACGGGAUCCAUGUGUACAAGGUUGGCUUCAACAUGCUCCCUCGUUGCGUUUUUCAGACGUUUCGCAGCCGCAUGAAUGAUGUUCCGUUCCUUGCUGUUCAUCAGCGGUCAAUCGAUGCGGCCAAACUGGAAUCCCUGGCGGAGGCUCGUAGAGCAAGGCGGCAGCGGAAGCUCGACCAAGUCGAAAUCCCGGAGGACAGGGUGGUUAUCUCCGACGAGCUGCUGGGAAGGGGAGGCUUCGGUAAGGUGUUCCUCGCAAAGUUCAACGGACGGAACGCCGCCGCCAAGGUGCUGUAUAUUCAGCACGACCUUGGCAGACGUGACGACUCCGCUAUCCUUGAGAGCCGAAAGGAUGGUCAUUCCAACGCUGAACGAGUGAACAGUCAGCGAAAGGGAUUUCUGCGCGAGAUGAACGCAAUGAUUCGCCUCCGCAGCCCCCAUACGGUCGUUUUAUUCGGGGCUAUCACAUCGCUGCCAGACCGCUUGGUUCUGGUAAUGGAGCUACUCCCUGGCGGCGACCUCCAGACGCUGCUGAAGAACUCUGAGCAGCCACUUCCCGAGGAACAGUCCCGAAUGAUCAUCGGAGACAUCUGUGCUGGCAUGAUGUUUCUGCACAGCAAGGAAACCGUCCACGGCGACCUCAAGUCCGCCAACGUGCUGCUUGACGGCGUCGGUAGGGCCAAGCACACGAACUCCACGGGUCUGGCCACGUACACCACCAAGUCCAGCCAGAAGACCCAGAUGAGCUUUAACUGGAGUGCGCCAGAGGUGCUGGAUGCUACCGUAAGCACGCAUGCCAGCGACGUCUACAGUUUCGGUAUCGUGGCCUGGGAAGUGUUUUCGAGAGAGCUGCCGUGGGCAAACUUGGCUCACCCAAAGGACGUUUACAUUCAUGUCGUGCUCAAGGGACUCCGCCCUAUGUUCCCCCCUGAUGCCCCGGCCGACAUGAUAAGCAUGGCGACUGCGUGCUGGGCCGCAGAGCCCAACGCACGCCCCACUUUCGCUGCCAUCAUGGAUGGCCUGACGUUUAACAGUUGGGGCGCUUAGGAUGUAUGUCAACCCCGGCAAUCAUUCCGGAGGGGUGCUCUUUUCUUGUAGGUCUCAGGUCUCAACCAAGGAGUACUCGGGGGAAACACACGUAUUUUAUCCAACUAGUUAUGCGGUGGAGGAGAGCAAAGGAGAUAUGUAGAGCUUGAGUCACGAUACGCAUCGGUAGUUUUCCGAAGAAGGAAAGAUCAUCAACGCCCGUGUGGUAUCCGUUCACUGCCGCCCUUAGACCGAUGCUACCUUGUUUCGCCAUCGCCUUCUUUACUACGCCCCAAUAGCCGGCGCUCCUUCCCAAAGAAUAGUCCUUCCCUCCCUGCUAGGCGGGCUCGCGUGCUGGCAUCUAGGCUGUGGCAUGAACAGAGGAAGACGCCACAGGGCAAUCAAUAUGUCAUCGCUUCCAUAGGAAAGAAGCAAAAACUGAGGGGCUACAAACAUAGCAAUAGGCUUGAGUCCUGAUUCGUUUUCGUUUUUAUUUAUUUUCUGCUUUGCUUUUGGAUGUGAUAUCAAUCUGCAUUCUGAUGUGCUACCGUACGGGGUUUAUGUCGGAGUUCAUGCACGAUUCGGGCCUACAGCAGUGUGAUGGUUUCUAAAGAAACCGCACCGCGAAAAAGACCGAGCUACUGCUGUUUGCUGAUCCAACUUUGCGGAGCGGCUAUUGUUGAUAUUCUGGCAUGCAGGAGAGGCGCUCGUUUGAUGAGUCUUUGCUUCGGGGUGCGUGUUGCUCGUUCCACUUGCAGUACGUGUGGUCUCGCUGCGCAGUAGUAUCUCCGUUCUCAUUUCGUUUCUAUGUCGUGUAGACCAGAGACCAGAGCGGUUAGACAGGCCGUCGACUGGUGAGACAACUACACAGGAAAGAAUGAUAGCAGGACAGUAGUGAGCGAGUGGCCGAGUCGGCUGCCUGCUGCCUGCCUCUGGCCUCUGGCUGGGCUGGGUCCUUCUCCCAACACCGUACACCGUAUCUACACCGUAAUGUACACCGUACUGCUGUGGGAUUAUAUAUAGGUGUAGUAGUACCUCUUCGGGCUCUUGUACACCUUUUUCUUGCUACGUGUGCGUGUUCUUUAGAUCCUCAGAUGGCUCCAGCACUUUCGUGACCACGGGCCGAGAGUCUUUGCUAGAUUUUGGCAUUUAGCAACUGGCAUACGGUUUAAUGUGAAGUCAACAACAACUUUCUGCAUUUGUUUGAUUGGGUAAUUGGGUCAUCAACAGAACCCGAAUACCAAGUAUAACAUUGGCGUCCUCGGCGCUUGUUUCUUCCCUGGGUGCGAGAUUCGUUGCGUUGUUGGUUGUUGCUGGCUUUUGGUUUGAAGUACCGCUUUAGUCUUUCGCGUCUGCGUCAAUGCAAUGUGUACUCGCAAUUCGGUUGUUUCCGGCUGCGCGACUUGUCGCGUGUGAGCCUCUCGUUCUAGUAGGCCCUUUUCCUUGGGCACGCCCAUUGCCCGUCUCUCUUCUCCCUCGCCUACCGAAUCUCCUGGAAUUGGCCCGUCCGGGUCGUCACGGGGGAUUUACCCAUCUUGCCGGUCGCAGUACGACUCUUCGCCACGUGCGUCGUCUCCACGCGGUUACCCCGCUGGU